CUUAAACACUCUCUUGCAUUGUAUAUGUGUGUGUGUAUAUAUACACACCGCCUCUUGUCCUCCGUUCUCUCUCCACGUGCAGCUCUCCUUUUGCCUUCUGUGUUUGUGUCUGGCUCUGCACUGAGAACUGUUCAAUCCCACCUUGACAAUCUUCAACUUGAAACUUUCUUUCCCUCUAAAAGUUAUGGCGUUUCCCACAAUAUCAAACGUAGUCCUCUCUCUCAAACUAGCUCUAAUAUCCACCGGAAUAUUAUCUAUUGCGGUGGCGUUAAAGCUAUGUGUUCCAUUGGUGACAGAUUUUGCUGUCUCUGAACUUCCUGUCAUAUAUGGCUCUUUCCUAUCUUGGCUUCAGCCUCCUUAUCUUUAUUUGGUCAUCAAUGGCAUAAUCAUCUCAAUUGUCGCUUCCUCCAAGCUUCAUAAACCUGAGGAGCCCUCAAAACAACACGAGAUAAUACCCCCGCCAACGCUGGCGGUGGCCGCACCGAAUGCCUCUGCGUCAGGCGAUACACCAUCUGACUAUAUUAACAGCGUUGCUGUGGGCGUAUCUGGAUACCAAGAUUUGAAUCUGGUAGACAAGGUCGUGCCUGUGGAUUAUCGUUCGAUGAAUGGUGCAUACAAAAGGGAGGAGGGUGAGGUUGUGGAGAAAGAGAUAACGGUGACGGAAGGUGCCGAUGAAGCUUUAGUUUCUUCCAAAUUAGUGCAGCCUGCACAGAGGAGUGAUUCUAUGGAGUUCUUGAUUGAAAAAGAAGAGACAAAGAAACCUCUAGUGUCUGCAAGAUUUGGCUCCAAGUCCAAGAAAUCGGCAAAAGCAAGUCCUGAAGCCGGGAAGGCAGUGCUAUUGGGCGUAUCAAAACCAAAACGGAAUGAUACCUUGGAGAGCACGUGGAAGAUGAUAACAGAUGGCCGUCCAAUGCCGUUAACCAGGCACCUCAAGAAAUUCGACAGGUGGGACACCCAUUUGCGUCGCGAUGGCGCCACCUCAUCUCCGCCGCUUCCGGGAAAGAUGAAUAAGUCGGAGACUUGUAGUGAAAACAAGUCAAAGCUGAGUGAUGAGAACCGUCAGGGAUCGGGGAAACUGAAGAAGGAACCAUCGCUGAGUCAGGACGAAUUGAACCGGCGGGUGGAGGCGUUCAUAAAGAAGUUUAAUGAGGAAAUGAGAAUGCAGAGACAGGAAUCUUUGAAUCGAUACCAGGAGAUGAUAAGUAGAGGGGCUUACUAGGAAUUUUACAUAGAUCUGUGUGUCGGGCGUAGAGGGGGAAGCGAAGGGUGCAUAGCAUACUACAUGGAGCACAAGAAUGCUAACGUGGUUCGUUUGUAGAAGUAGUGUCCAAGUCUCCCAUGUUUUGAUUGGUUAGGUGUGGAUGAUGGAAAAUCAGAGGGCUCACACUAAUUGUUUCUUUGUCAAUGAAUUGGAUGUACCAGUAUUAUUGUACACCUUCCUUCAAAAUAAGUAAACAUUUUUCAGAUUGU